AUGCCGAAGGCGUUGGACGACCGGGGCCUGGCUCCGACCCAGAUAUCUUUGAAUGAUCCGCGCUGGACGAUCGUCGGCCUCUACACCCUGACGACGCCUACGUGCCAGGACGUCCCUGGGCCCCAGGACGCCGACGCCACGAAUUCUUCGCCUUUCUCCCCGACCUCCGUUUCUCCAAACUCGUCCAUCUUGGAGGUGCCAAGGCCCACUUUGUCGUUGAUGACCCGAUCCCGCUUGGAAGGCCGAUCCAUGCACAACGUCGCCUUCUGGGUUCGGGGUCACAUGCUUCUUUCCUCUUCUGUGGAUGCACGCGGCCAGUCCGUCACGCUGCUGAACUACGACAGGCAGGAGACCAUCAUGUACGAGAUCCACGAUGGUGCCGCGCGGCACUGCACCGUUUCGAAGUUGACGGACGUGUGGCCCAAAAGGUUGCACAGCUACGUGGUCACACCCGGCUUCCUCCUUGCGAUGCUGAACUACUCGCACGACAUCUCGCACGACUCACAGGACUCACAGGACUCACAUGACUCACAUCAUUCGGGAUCGCUUGGCUUGGAUGUGGAGACAGGCAUGCCGAAGGUCUUGUACACAGCUGACGGGGAGAGGAGAUACAGUCCGCCGGAGGUUCUUGACAACUGGCGCAUAGAGGCUUCUGCCGAGGUGGGCGACUUGCUGGGGUUCCGGUGCUCUUCCCCGACGGAGGACCCGCGAGACUUCGGUUUAGGGGACGAUGGCACUUUUCACCCAAGGCUGGGCGAUGACUGGUGGGGUGCUCCUGGUGCCCUUCCCCGCCAUGCGGACCACGCCCCUUGUUCCAACUCCACAUGCUUUCAUGCCGACCUUUCGGGACUUCUCUUGCAAGCCUGUGCCUGCAACGGAGAGACCGUUGUCGAGAUUCAGGGCAAGGCCAACCUGGGCCAGAUACAAGUCGACGUGGAUGCGGAUUUCCCAACUGCUUCCACCUUGCCUGGAUUCCCUCUCGGGUUGAUUGCACAGCUUCGCAUCAGGACGCCGGAAGCCAGCAACGUGCCCCUGAACAUGCGCGUGGUCACAUCGCAAGGGGGCUUCGUGUACGGCCGCCUGGACAAGAGCGGCGCGCGUUCCAGCACUGACUUCGAGCUCAAGGGCCGAGUCUGCAGUGGCUGCAGGGUGGCUUUGGUUCAGACGAAAUACAGCUGGUUCUCAGGACUCUGGGCGGCCCCGAGCAUCUCCAAACAGAGCCUGGUGCUGCUGGAGGGUACUUUUGGCUCUUCCGGGUCCGCGGAAAGGCGGCUCCGUGAGGCCAAAGUCGUGAGGCCCCUGUCCAAGCCCUCCAUCACAUCCACCAGCGCGCCGGAGGGAGCGUGCCAAGUUCGUCAGGGCCGGAUGCGGUGCGAGGAGAAGGUGCCGAAGGAGCCGAAGGCCAAGCGGGCGAAACCAGAGGACAUCUACACGUUCCAGCAUUUCGAGGCGCCAAGUCCUGCGCGACGUGCGCGGCGGCUUGGCCAGAAUGCCAGCCUCUCGUUGCAACGGCUGCUGGACCUUGCCGAGAUGGCCACCACGGACUCUGCUCCGAUGGACUGCCAAUCACCUUGCGGAUGUCAACUGAACGCCCCGCAUCAGCCAGGCUGCUCCAGCAGCUGUCAUGACCUCUGCUCCUUGGUGUCUGGCAUGUCCUGGGUGGCGGAUGCCAGUGCCGCCACGUGCCUCAGCCAGAUGCAGAAGGUCGCGCCAGUGCAGGAGGCCCUUGAGAGCUAUGCGUCCGCAGGACCGGACUUUGACGUGGCGGGUUUUCGGCGCGACCUGAGCCUGGCCACUUCUCAAGCAGACCUGGUGAGCUUGGAGCUGCGGGUCUUUCUUGAGCUCCGUGCCUAUGCAGUGUGGAAGCAAUGGUCCCAGCGACCGGGAUUCUACCCGCCCUUUCUGGAUGGAGUGCCCUUGCAGGCCCCCGGCUCAGAGUGGACCAGGGCGAUGUCCGGCUUGUUUGCAGACACCUUGGCCACCAAGCUGCUGCACAGCGACUUUUCCAUGGACAAGGCCGGCUUUUCGCUGAGCUUCGCAGACUGCGCCAUCGAGUUCCUGGUGACAAAGCCCUCCGUCCGCUUCGGCGUGGAAGCGCUUCCCCUGCUGCACCUGACCUACGCGGCAGAGCAGAUGAAGGCCCGCCUAUCUGCCGGCUCGGAGUGGGAAAAGUGGGAGACCGCCGUGUCCAACGGCCAGCUUUUCCUGAACCUGGACGUCGGCGCAGUUCCCCUGCACCGGGUGGACAAUCACAACCUCCGCUUCGAGCCGGCGUCCGACGUCCAGCUGGCGCAGAUCUACCCCAUCCCUUGGCUGGAGGACCUGACGUCCGUGAAGCUGGAGUGGCUCUUGCUCACCGAGGAUGUGCAGCUCCGCUUCAAGACGGGGGAGUACAAGGGGCUGGCUUCAACCGAUUCCUUCGUGAAGGCUUGGUCCGGUGAGCUGGCGCUGCAGCUCAAGCAGCAUAAGCAGCUCGAGAAGUCCGUGAAGGUGGUGUGGCAGGCCCUGGACGUCUCCUUCGCUUUCAGCGACGAUGACCCUCUGAUUCCUCUGAGAGUUGUUCCUCGCUCCGUCAGUCCAGACUCGCCGAUGCACGUGGUGAUCGACCGCGAGGACCCUUCCAUCUUCAUGGUCUCCGUCUUGGAGCACGCGCGUGACCAGCACCCCAUGCUCAACCAGCUCAACGCCUUGGUCGCGGAAAGCUUGACGGUGAACUUCAACGUGGCCGACCUUUCCAUCAGCGACUUGGAGCUCAAGGGCGUCCAUGCCGACCUUGUUCAGGGCGAGAUCCCGCACCUCUACGUCGAGAGGCUGGUCCUUGCCUGCAGCGGGACUGCCAUCACUGGAGCCUUCAUUCCUGAAGAUUCUGUCCUGCAGUUGAAGGAUGCCGGGGCAAUCGACGCGGUCUUUGCGUUGGUCCCGUCCACAGCCAACACGGGGCACGUGGAGGGCGACCUUCUCCCGCCCAUCCCGGAGACGGCUGCAAGGGCUUUCGGGCUCUUGGUCGACACGCUCCCGUGCUACCAGGGAGCCUCCGUGAGCGGCGCCUGGAGUUCCCUGACGUUGAAGCUGAUCGUCGACUGGGCCACUGGGGUGUACUUCCCGAUGCUGGGGCACCUCACGGUGAAAGCGGGCGUGAGCAUCACGGUCGCCGAGUAUCUGGACAAAGCAAAGGUCCAUCUGGCGUACGAUGCCGGCUGGGCGGCGGGUUCGGCAGUAAUCUCAGAUGGAACGCUGCACUUCGACGGAGUCAACGAGUCAGCUUCGUUUGGGUCGGGCCAGCUGGGCUGUCGACACAGCUGGGCAGGAAGCUUUUCAGGCAUCGAGGGCCCGCAAAGUGACAUGGCAUUCAAGCUCGGCUACGUCGCUUUUGCAAAGAAGCUGGGCGAUCACCUUGCAGAUGAUGAUCAAGUCACCGCAGCAGUGGGCAGCAUCGAGGUCUGGGUCACCUUGGCUGACUCGGCCUCCAGCUCGUCCUUUUUGCUUCGCGUGCCUCAAGGGGCCAGCUUCACAGUCCACGGCGCCACGGCCGAGCUAGAUGAGGGACCCUUGGAAAUCAGUGGCACCGGGAGCAAGCGUCGAGUGAGGGAGUGGCCGAAGCACGUGGAGAUCCGUGGCCUCCGGCACCUUCGGCGCCGGCUCUUCGAGGAGCGCGCAGAGGAGCGGCGCCUCGAGCACGCGCGGCGUCUCUUGGAGAUGCCCGCCUGCGACUUGGGCGACUCGGGCGACUCGGGCGACUCGGGCGACUCGGGCGACUCGGGCGACUCGGGCAGCUCAACUGCCAUGCUUCGGCCGCAGAACCGGACCGUCGAGGCUGCCGAGGACCUCUGGCUGUUUCAAGACUCCGACUUUGCCUGCCCGCCGCUCUCGGCGCAGACGGUACCUCCUGUGAAGAAGGAGGACUGGCUCACUCUUCCGCACACCUGCGAAGGUGAGAAGGUGGAGAUCACCCUGGAUGGAGCUCCCAUGGAGGACCUCGCGAAGCCUUUGAUGAAGAUGGUCUUGGAGAAGCUGGGCUGCUCGCCUGCACAGGGCUUCAAGAUGGUUGCGGUUGUUGCGCCUUUCUUCAAUCUGCUCUCCCUCUCUGUCACUUUCUGCAUCUUUCUGCCACGUGCGUCCCUAGCCUGCCGAGGCAUGGCGAGGCAGAUGGAGUUUGUUGAUGUGCCAGGCAUCCCCACGAGCAUCGCCGCCAAGAUCGGCGGCUGCCUUGCCGGCGAGGAAUGCAAGUUGGCUCUGGACGACCUGGCAAAGAACCCAUUCCUCAUCGUUCAGCACGUGUGCGAGCUUCUCGGCCUAUCCCUGACGGAGGACAUCCUCCAGCCUGCCGCCGCGUACUUCCUGGAGUCUGUGAAGGCUCCUGCUGGCAUCCAGAUCCAGUGCAUGGGUUCCCUCCAAGAUGACACCGUCGAUGAGAGGCUUCUGGACAUCACGGGCGCCAUUAUGCAAAUCGCCGGCGGGGACGUCUCGGCUGCGUCGGUGUCUCGCUUGAGCACGGGAGUGUGUGGGUUUGACGACCCAGCUCAGGCCUUGAUUGCUCCCAUGCUGAGCGACACACUCUUGGAGUGGGGCCUGGCAUCUCGCAAUGCCCGGCUUGCCGCCAAAUCCUUGACACUGUCCAGCCUUGACAAGCUCGGCAGUGAGUUCACCGUCCUCAUCAAAGCCAUCGCGGGCUUGGAUGCUGCCAACAUCCUGGACGCGCUCGAGAGGACGCUGCAGCUUGGCAUUCCUGCCAGUACGGCAGUGACGGUGCAAGCGGCCGUCACCGAGGACACCACGCGCACCGUGGUGCCAGCUAUGCAGCAGCUCUUCCUUGGAGGCCUGGAUGUUGACGGCUUGCUGUCGAUGGCCGGGGCCUUCGGCAUCUCGGACGUGUACGUCCAGGUGCUCCAGCCCUUCUGCCGUCAAAGCUUCAUUGAUCUCGGGGUGUCCUGGAAGAGCAGUCAGCGCAUGUGUGCAGCGGUGGACGCCUCCAUCCUUGAUCGGCUCUCUGAAGGAUUCAGCAGUCUCAUGGCCGGCGACCUGUCCGUGAAUCUUCUUCAGAACAUCGCUGCAGUGCUGGGGGCCGAUGCAUGGCUCGACAUGCUCAAGCCCGUCCUCACUCAGAAGCUCAGCUUGGCUUGUGUGCCUCGAGGCGUUGUGGAGAAGCUGUUCCAAGCGGAGGCCAGCAUCCUCCUCGAAGCUUUCGGCACUCUGGUGGCUUCCCCAGCAGACUUGCAAGGCUUGGAGACUGCAGUCGCGAAGCUCGCCGAGGCCGCGCACGUGGACUUCCUGGCUGAGCUGGUGCAGCCCAUGGUGCGCUGCGUGCUCAUGCGCAGCUACUGCGUGGUCGCCGCCUCUCGCAUCAGUUCGGCGAUCACCGUGGCCAAUCUGGAGCUGGUGUUCAGCAGCACAGACGCCCUCAUCCAAGGCAACAUGGACGUUGGGAAGAUGGGACAGCUGCUGCAGCAGCUGGGCUUGGCCAGCAGCUUGGGUGACUUCGCCGAGGUCUACCUGACCCCGCUGGCCCGCUGCGUCCUGCGGGGCUUGGGCGCCAGCAGCUCGGCCGUGAGCGCCGUGGCGCUGCGGGCUGAGCACAUCCCGAAGCUCAGCGCGCCCUUGCUGGCCCUGCAACAGAGCGUCAGCCGCGGCAGCCACAGCAGCCCCGUGGGGCUCAGCAGCUCGCUUCUCUGGCAGACUUGGGAGGCCAUCAUGGUGGGAACUCCCUAUGCGCCCGCGUCCGCCUUCAGCGAUCACCUUCUGGCCCCUUUUACUGAGAGGCUUCUGCUGCAGCUCGGGGUCGAGCCGGGGCACGCCGCCCUCGUGCGGAGCAGCCUCAUCAGCCUCUUUGCAAACAUCAGCAGCCCGAGUGACUUCACAAAUGGUCCUUGGACGACGGGUUCGGGCCCGACGGCCUUCCUGGCGGAUGCGUUGGCCCUUGCCACCCGGCCCAGCUUGGGGUCCUUCCGGGCCCUUCUCUCGCAGAUGAGCCUGGACGCGCAUUUCGAUUCCAUGGCCCGUGGACUGGUGGCAUCCCAGCUCGGGAAGUUCCACCUCCCCACCUUCGUCUUGGAACGUUUGGAAGACGCCUCCUUCGCGGACUUGGUCCCGGCCCUCGACGAGCUUUUCCCAGUGAUCCUUCAAGGCCUCAGACCCAAGACGGAUACAAGUACCUCAGAACUCCUCCAGACAGUCUCCCUGAACCUCUCCCGCCUGGAAACCAAUCUAAGUCUAAGCAAGUACCUACCAGGCCACGUGGACCUGCAGAUUCUCGAGCGCUUCUUCGUGGGCUUCUUCAACAUCUCCGGGGAGGCUUUCUUGAACAGCAUCGUGCAGCCCGCGCUCCAAGGCUUCUUGGCCGACUACGAGGUGGACACCUCUUGGAACGCCAGCGCCAGCAACCCUCCAGCCACAUCCGUCGCGUCCCUUCCGGCCCUCUUCGAGAGGCUGGGGUGGCUGUCACAGUACAGAUAUUACAGUGAGUGCCUUUGGGAGCCUUCCUUGAGGUGGCUUCAAGGGGAGCUGGAUCUCGACUGGGCCCGGGCCCUCUUCGUCGCUUUGGGUGCAGAGGAGAGCCCGCCAGACGUCACUCGAAGUGGCUUCUGUGAGAUCUUGCGAGGAAGGUGA